ACUCGCUAGUCCAGCAUUCGCACGGUUAACGACUAGCAACUUCGACCUCACCUCCUGAAACUCUGGAUAUAUGCCUGAAGAACCAGUCCUGGAACAUUCAGUGAGCCACUUGUCCAAGUAUGACGAGGUUCCCCAGGAACUGCACCGAGCCAUGCUGCGGCUCAACUUCCCGUCCUCAUAUGUGGUUGUCGGUGCAUACCGACUCUUCACCGAUAAGUCACUCUAUGUUCCUGCGUGGGAUAAAUGCCGCAACGGCGCCCGACGAGGGCUGAUAUGUGGUUUUGCCUGGAUUUGCGCAUCAUACAGCAUCCAGCGCCGCAUCAUCAAAGUAGCCAUCACAAACCCAUCCUCCAUCUUCUCCAUGCGCUACAUAACACGAUUCGAAGAAACCGCAGGCGAACUAUCUCACGAGACGCUUCUAGGGUUUAAGUUGCCCUUCAGCAUAUCCACAUACGUCGCGAUACUCUUGGUAGGAUCACAAGCUACCAGCAUCAUCAACUUUUUUGUCGCUCGCAAUAUUCGCGUUGUCCGCCGACGUGUCUGGGAUCAAACAGUAGCCUCGCGCGGCAAAGGGCCCGAUUUCUGGCAGCCAUAUGUUGAAGAAUGGGAUUCCCCACCUGUUGUCAAUGAACGUUGGGGUCGUCUGGACAAUAUGUUCAAGAUAUGGUUCUGGAAGAUGCUCAUACAGAAAGUCGUCUUACUUCCGCUUUCACUGUAUCCUUUUGUCGGUACAUUUAUCUCUGCGGCUUUCAAAGGCUUGAGCACCGCUCAGGACUUGCACAAGCCAUAUUUCGCCACCAAGAAGAUGACGGCCCAUCAAGAAGCUGUAUUUAUUGAGGAACGUAAAUGGGACUACCGAAUGUUCGGUUUCGUCGCGGCGCUACUCGAGGGUCUACCAAUCGUCGGUCUUGUUUUCACAGUAUCAAAUCGCAUUGGAGCUGCUAUGUGGGCUCAUGAUUUGGAAAAGCGUCAGCAUUAUGUUGCAGCGCAACGUCGUGCGUCGGUUGUAGGUCGUAGCGAAGCUGUCCAGACGUAGAGUUUACUAGCUGUUGACAUGUCAUUUUGUAACAUAAACUAGACCUGCGCCGGUCUCCUUGAGAUCCAGUGUAUUUUAUUGUUGUAUUCAAAACAACGGCAUUAUGAUGACUAUAAAUACGACGUAAC